ACGACGCAUCCAAUAUUGAAUAGUAUCACGCAAUCCUUCAUCAUACCGUAAUACUUUGCUAUGGCAAAGUAGCGCCAUCGUCGAUGACGAGCAAAUCGACCAUCUUUAAGUGAAACAAAAAAAGGAAUGGAAAUUGGAUCAUUCGAUAUAUUAAUAAAACAACAAUUAGAACCUGUCUGGUAUCGUGUCAGCUCAAAAACUAAGUUGAUAGUUAAUGAUUUAACUACUCUAAGAAAUUACUUGGUUAGUUAUGAUUGCGUAUCAUUUAAUAGUUUUUUAGAAACCAUUAUUACAAGUCAAACUCCCACUUCUGCUUUAUCACAACAACAACAAUCUCCUUGGUUAUCUUUGGAUGCUGGAAAUACGAUUUUUAGUGUGCGAAAAGACGUGUAUUCGUUCGUACAUCAACUACAAAUCCUACAGAUAAUACUCUAAAAAAAUUCCUAUCCGACAUAUCCGACAUCAAAAUUACCUCAGGGUAUACAAACUUCAGAAAUGGAAUUUAUUGGCAGAAAUAUUACGAGAGAUCGAAUCAG